UUCCUCCCAUUCUUGAGUGUCGCAGCUUGUGCGAACGAACUGGCGAUCACAUCUUUGGACAGAGUACCGGAAUAAACACCGUACCUUCGACGAAUGUCCUUUGUGGAUUGUUUUUUCACAAACGGAGAGAUUAGAUCCGGCAAAGAUGAGGUAUAACUGUGAAAUCAUGAGUAUAUUUUGGCCUUAAUUUGCUUCUUGCAUUAAGACAGCGCUUCUGAUAAUGUCCAGUUCGGGCUACCCUCCAAGCCAGGGAUCGUUCAACACAGACCAGAGCCGCUAUACUCCACACGCUGUCCAGUACAACUUCACAACUUCCAGACACCAACAGGAUUUUGCUGUUCCAGAAUUUCGUGCUCAAGAGGUCAGCUCAGCAUCUCAAAUUUUGCAGCAACAGCAACAGCUUCGACGACGUCCCUCCUUGCUCUCAGAAUUUCACCCAGGCUCUGACAGACCACCAGAAAGGAGGCAUGGCUAUGAGCAGCAGUUCCAUACUUUGUCCUCUCAGUCAGAUCAUGAAGGUGUGGAGUCCAAACGCCAGCGAGUUGAACAACUUUCAGAAGGUCAUUUCCAGCGCUCCACCUCAGCUGGGGUUCUGCCCUUAGCUCAUAACUUACAAGAUGGGCUGAGAGUUUCAGGAGAUGUAAAAAAGGAACAGUCUUUCAGUAUGAAAGCAGAAGUUCCUUCCUCUCCUGGUAGCCAUCCUGUAGGAGAUGAACCAGAUUCAUCACCUUCCAAAUUGUCUAAAGAGGAGCUCAUUCAAAGCAUGGAUCGUGUUGACAGAGAGAUUGCAAAAGUUGAGCAACAGAUUUUCAAAUUAAAGAAGAAACAGCAACAAUUGGAAGAAGAAGCAGCUAAGCCACCAGAGCCAGAGAGACCUGUGUCACCACCUCCAGUGGAACAGAAGCAUCGAAGCAUUGUCCAGAUUAUUUAUGAUGAAAACCGGAAAAAAGCAGAGGAGGCUCAUAAAAUAUUUGAAGGUCUUGGUCCAAAGGUUGAGUUGCCUCUUUAUAAUCAGCCAUCAGAUACAAAGGUGUAUCAUGACAAUAUUAAAACGAAUCAAGUGAUGCGAAAAAAGUUAAUCCUGUUUUUUAAGAGGAGGAAUCAUGCAAGAAAACAAAGGGAACAGAAGAUCUGCCAACGAUAUGAUCAGUUAAUGGAAGCAUGGGAAAAGAAAGUAGAGAGGAUAGAAAAUAAUCCCAGGAGGAAGGCCAAAGAAAGCAGAACCAGGGAAUAUUAUGAGAGGCAGUUUCCUGAAAUUCGAAAACAAAGGGAGCAACAGGAACGAUUUCAGAGGGUUGGUCAGAGGGGCACAGGGCUUUCAGCAACAAUAGCAAGGAGUGAACAUGAAAUUUCAGAAAUAAUUGAUGGGCUUUCUGAGCAGGAGAACAAUGAAAAGCAGAUGAGACAGCUCUCUGUGAUCCCACCUAUGAUGUAUGAUUCGGAACAGAGACGUGUGAAAUUCAUCAAUAUGAAUGGCUUAAUGGAUGACCCAAUGAAAGUUUAUAAAUCUCGGCAGUUCAUGAAUGUGUGGACAGAUCAUGAAAAGGAAAUAUUUAAAGAAAAAUUUGUUCAACAUCCCAAAAAUUUUGGCCUUAUUGCAUCAUAUCUAGAAAGAAAGAAUGUUUCAGACUGUGUUUUAUAUUACUAUUUAACAAAGAAAAAUGAAAAUUAUAAAACACUAGUAAGGCGUAAUUAUGGACGACGCAGAGGAAGGAAUCAGCAACAAAUUACACGGCCAUCGCAAGAAGAGAAGGUGGAAGAAAAGAUAGAAGAAGAUAAAUCUGAGAAAGCUGAGAAAAAGGAAGAGGAAGAUAAAAAGGAAGAGGAAGAGAAAGAUGAUAAAGAAGAAUCAAAGGACAUCUUUAAAGACAAAGAGAAGGCAGAUGCUCCUGCCGAAGAAGAGGAAGGAAAAGAGCAGGCUACUCCACGGGGUCGCAAGACAGCUAACAGUCAAGGCCGUCGCAAAGGAAGGAUCACCCGCUCAAUGGCCAAUGAGGCUGCAGCUGUGGCUGCUGAAGAGCCUCCUCCACCACCAGCACCUCCUCCAGAGCCAGCUUCUGCUGAGCCUGUGGAGACCUCCCGUUGGACUGAAGAAGAAAUGGAAAUAGCUAAGAAAGGAUUAGUUGAACAUGGGCGGAAUUGGGCCGCAAUUGCCAAAAUGGUGGGCACAAAGAGUGAGGCCCAGUGUAAGAAUUUUUAUUUUAAUUACAAGAGACGACACAACUUGGAUUAUCUCCUUCAGCAGCACAAACAAGGUUCAAGGAGAUCCAGGGAAGAUCGUGAUGUGUCUCAGUGUGAAAGUGUGGCAUCUACUGUGUCUGCUCCGGAGGAUGAAGAAAAUGAAGGCUCCAAUGAAGAAGAAAACCCAGAGGACAGCGAAGGUGCAGAGAACAGUUCUGAUACAGAAAGUGCAUCAUCUCCAUCUCAAAUGGACACUAACAAGGCUGGUGAAGAAAUGUCAGAAUGUGCCAAAACCAGUCGUGAUAGCAGUGAAUCAUCAACUGAUCUUGCAAACCAAACAAAAGUCUUGCCUGAACUGUCCCCCGUGUCUGGUUCUGCAUGUGCAAGGCCUCAUGAGAACCAGUUUUCAGAAAUGCAUGUUAAAGAGGAAAAGAGUCCAGAGGAGGUUGAAUCCACAGACCAGGAUGAAAGAAGUCGAAUUGCCUAUGAGCAGCAUGUGCAGACCAAAGUGGAACCUGUUGAUAUUGAAAUAAAAUCAAUUGCUGAUGUCCAAAUUAAAGUUGAAGCUGAUACCAAAGACAAAGGUGCUGAGAAGGAAAAUGAAAAGGGGGAGCAGGAGGAAAUGGAGCUUGGUCUUCCACAACAGGAACAGAAACAAGAGUCACAUUCCGAUAAUGAUUCCAGCGCAACCUGCAGUGCCGAUGAGGAUAUUGAUGGAGAGCAAGAUACUUCCAGGUUUUCAGUAGAGAAGCCAUCUUUACUUAAUCCACCAGGCACAGUGCUAGUUUCAUCUUCAAUGAAACAAACUCAUAUGGACAUGCAUCAGCUACAACAGAGAGCAGCCACCAUCCCUCCAAUGGUUAGUGUUUCUAGAAAUUUUCAAAAUUUUAAAAAAAGUUUUUCAUAUUUCAUGAAGAUAUUUUUCAUAUCCUUUGAAGAAAACCCUGAAGAGAGGGACUGCUUUUAAAAGUGCCCUACUUUUAUUUUUGUUUUAUAGAAUGCAAUGUUUGCUGCUGUCCCAAUGAGUGGUCUGGCAUUGUUGCAAAGGCAAAUUAAAGCAGUACAUGAGUCGUCCCAUUUAGAAGACCGUCAGAGACAUGAUCAACUGGAGACUGAUCAUCACAGCUCCACCAGUCCCCAGAUUGGUACCAGAAGUCCUACUGUUCUUGACAGAGAAGGUAAACCCUUUACAUACAUGCCUUAUGAGAUGAAGAUGUCAAUGGAUCAUGAAAUGCAGAGUAUUACAAAUUCAGGAAGGUCAGGGUCACCUUACAGACUUUCUCCAAGAGAAAUGAACAAAGCUUCCCCACAGCCAGAUAUUCAUGCAACCCGACAUGGUAUGCCACCAGUAUUGCAGCCUGCUCCAAAUCAAGUUUUGUCAAAUUAUUCAGAUGCACGGGUGACAUUUCCAAGACACACAAGGCCUGCAAACAUUCCAUCUCCUCCUCCUCUCAUUCCUUCAUCCAAACCUUCAGAGAAGCCAUCUUUCAUAAUGGGUGGAUCCAUUUCACAGGGGACUCCAGGUACUUACAUAACUCAUAACCAGAAUGUUUACAACCAGGAUUCUUCAAAGAGCUCAGUGGGCUCUAUAUCAUUGGGAAUACCUAGACAGCAAGAGUCUGUAAAGCCUGUGCCAUAUAUUAAACAGGAAGAGUUCUCCCCUAGAGGACAAAGUGCACAAGCAGAGGGCCUGUUGUGCAGGGCACAGUAUGAAAGUGUUGUAAGAGGUAAUCCAAUGUCUGCCUCUCAAGAAGGCAGCAUAACACGAGGCACCCCAGCCAAAGGAACGGUGGAAGCCAGUACCUUCCGUGGCUCAAUCACUCAGGGUACCCCAGCUCUUUCUCAGUCGGGCAUUCCAGCAGAUGUUCUUCUGAAAGGUACAAUCACCAAAUUAGCCACAGAGGACGUCAGCAGUCCUGAAAAGGGCAGAGAUGAAGCUAUUUCCAAAGCACAUGUCAUUUAUGAAGGCAAAAGUGGCCAUGUCCUGUCAUAUGAUAGUAAGUCUGCACUUAAAACAUAUAGUGAAGGAAACAUUUUACUAAACAAACUGUCUACUUUUUUUUUUUUUUUUUUACUUAAUUUCCUUUUGUUAUAUUUGAAAGGUGGGCUUUCAUCUGGAAAGUCAGCUGGCCAUGAACGUAAGAGUACAAUGACGCCAACACAGAGAGAUAGUGUUCCUGCAAAAUCCCCAGUGUCUAGCAGCGAUCCUGUACCCACACAUAGCCCAUUUGACCCCCACCAUCGGGGAGUGGUACCAGGAGAGGUAUAUCGGGCCCAUCUUCAGCACCACAUUGACCCGGCUAUGGCAUUCCAUCGAGCACUUGAUCCAGCGUACCUGUUUCAACGACAGCCAUCUCCUACAGGAUAUCACAACACCUAUCAGUUGUAUGCCAUGGAGAAUACUCGGCAGACAAUCCUGAAUGAUUACAUAACGUCUCAGCAGAUGCAGGUGAUCCCAAGACCUGAAGUGACCAGGGGAAUUUCUCCAAGGGAGCAACAGAUCACCAUUCCUUAUGCCUCUGGGACAAGGGGGAUUAUUGAUCUAGCCCAGAUGCCUCCCACAAUCCUGUUGCCUCACCCUGGGGGAACAAGUACGCCUCCCAUGGAUCGCAUUACCUACAUUCCUGGUGCACAGUCCCCUUUCCCUUCUAGGGGUUACAGCCAGAGCUCUAUAUCCCCAGGUCAUCCUGCUCAUCUUGCUGCAUCAGCAAAUGUAGAACGUGAAAGAGAGAGAGAAAGAGAGCGAGAGAGGGAGCGUGACCGAGAAAGGGAGCGUGAAAAAGAGAGGGAGCAACGUGAACGGGAAAGAGAGCGUGAGCGAGAACGGGAGCACCGGGAACGAGAAAGAAUGGCAGCUGCUGUAGCAGCUUCAAAUGAAAUAAAUUACAUGCGAGCAGGUACAGAACAGCCAGGUAGGCCAAGCAGUCAUGGUUAUGUGCGCUCUCCUUCGCCAUCUAUGAGAACUUCAGAGAAUGUGGUACAACAGAGACCCAGUAUAUUUCAAGGAACUAAUGGCAAAAGUGUCAUUACACAGCUGGACACUUCACGUAUAAUGCAAAUUGCUCCCAGCGCAGCCUCUCAGUCCCAUGGCCUUCCUGCUUCCCGUUUCAGCACUGCUGCAGAUGCCUUGGCUGCCUUGGUAGAUGCAGCUGCCUCAGCCCCUCAGAUGGAUGUUGCAAAAGUAAAGGAUGGGAAACAUGAAUCUGUUCGUAUUGACGAGCUGUCUUCCCGCAGGCCAACAAUGGUUACUGAACCACAGCAGCUUCACCAAGUGCAGCACCAGCCUUCCCUUCAUCAGCAGCAACACCAGAGUAUAGAAGCAGAUAGACGAAGUAUCCAGUCUUCCUACACUCCUGUGUCUCUGCCUGGUAGUAAGCCCUCUGGUCCUUCCUCUCAUUAUGUGGAGAGCAAUAAGGAAAAAGGUCCACCUACAAAAUCUAGAAUCGAAGAGGAGCUGAGGACACGUGGCAAGACAACUAUCACUGCAGCCAAUUUCAUUGAUGUUAUCAUAACUCGACAGAUUGCCUCAGAUAAAGAUGGUCGUGAAAGAGGAUCUCAGAGCUCAGAUUCAUCAAGCAGCUUAUCAUCCAAUAGGUAUGAAACACCUGGAGGAGAUGCUAUUGAGGUUAUUAGCCCCGCGAGUUCCCCAGUACAGCUACAGGAUAAGCAGGAGACAACCUUCCAGCAAGAUGUUUCUAAACCAUCUCAGGCAGAAAGUGAUCAGCGUGCCUUUGAAUCACAGAUAAACCGGUACCGGAGCCAACAGGAAUCUCCCUCACCUCAGCAGCCACCAACCUCUCAAGCUGAAAUAUAUGGUCAAGUUCCAAAAACACAUCGGCUCAUCACUCUAGCUGAUCAUAUUUGUCAUAUAAUAACACAGGACUUUGCCCGCAAUCAAGCAGAAGACUUUGCCCGCAGUAAAGCUUUAAGUCAAGCACCACCACAGACUACUUCAACAACAUUCCAAAAUUCAGCACCGACUGCUCCUGCUUCAGGAUCACGGAACAAAGUGCCCAGUCGCUACAGUCCAGAGGGUCAAGGGCAGGCAACACAUGCACAUCAGGUUCAGCACCAGCGGGUAUCAACCAGGGUCUCUCCAGAAAACCCCUCUGAUAAGUCUAGAGGAAGACCUGGAAAGUCUCCUGAUCGUAGUCAUAUGGGCUUGGAAUCUUACGAACCCAUAUCUCCUCCACAGUCCUACUCAACAAUGGAUAAGCAAGAGGUCAUGAUGCAGCAGGCCCAGAGGCGAGAGGUUGAUGGCUCAGAGCAGAGGAGCGACUCUCACUCCCCUGUGAGUGGCUAUCUGCCAUCAUUCUUUACUAAGCUUGAAAACACAUCCCCAAUGGUGAAAUCAAAAAAACAAGAGAUAUUUCGUAAGCUGAACUCUGCUGGAGGUGGGGAUGGUGACAUGACAAGUGCACAGCCUGGAACAGAAAUUUUUAAUCUUCCAGCCGUCACAACUUCAGGUUGUAUCAGUUCUAGAGGUCAUUCCUUUGCUGAUCCUGCCAGUAAUCUUGGUUUGGAAGACAUCAUUAGGAAAGCUUUAAUGGGAAACUUGGAUGACAAGCAAGAUGAACACCAAGCUAGCCUGCCUCAGACGAUGAAUCUCUCAUCUGGAAACCUGUCAGCAACCAUUGCAGCAAUGGCCGAGGCCCGCAGGGAGGAAACUAACCCCUCACCAAAUUCUGGUGUAAGUCUUGGAAAGCAAAAAAUAGUGGGCAAAGGGAACAGCAGAAAGUCAAAGUCGCCAAUUCCUGGGCAGGCUUUUGCAGGUGCAGAAAGGCCAUCUUCUGUGUCGUCUGUCCACUCUGAAGGAGAUUAUCAUAGGCAGUCUUCAUCUGUUUGGGGAUGGGAGGACAGACCGUCCUCUACAGGGCCCACACAGUUUCCUUGCAAUCCUCUAACUAUGAGAAUGCUGAGUAGCACUCCUCCUACAUCAAUGGCAUGUGCACCAGCGUCAAUUCAGGGUCAGCCUGCUGCUCUCCAGCAGAACCGAAUGUGGGACCGAGAGCCAGCUCCACUGUUAUCGUCACAGUAUGAGACCCUGUCUGACAGUGAUGACUGAUCUUCAAGGGCCUUCCUUGAUGUGGGGUGUAUACACAUUUUUCCUCCAGUUGAAGUCUGCAGUCCCAUGCAGGUGGUGGAAGGGCCGGCUCUGGUAAAUGGACUAUAGCCACCAGGAGCCGAAAAAGAGGUGGCAGAAGAUAAAGAACCUUCAGUGUAAGUGGCAGCUCCCUCUCACCUCAGUGCUGGAGAGAUUAACAGCAAAUGGACUAAUAUAGUGAAUGAAAUCUGUAAAGAAAAUGUAUUUCUUGUUCUUGAUGUUUGUAAAUGAAAUCUUGUUGUCCUUAAUUUUAUGUAAAUAAGAGAUCUUGAAGUUUUUUGUUUGGGACAGGGGUUGGGGAGGUGACAGGUGUAAUGUCUUCAUCUUUAUCCACCACCCUCUGUUUUUCUUUCUUUGAAUGCCUUCAGCUGAGGCCUGCACUUUCAUGAUUUUCACAUCAAAAAGGAAAAAAAACUCUCCUAGGAAGAGUGUCUUGUUUUCUUCAUUGUUUUUGACUUUGCUGUCUCUGAUUUGAUCUCUGCCAAAGCUUUUUUUUUUUUUUUCUUUUCCAGUUUAACAUGCAACAGUCUAAAGAUAAUCGUGCAUACAUUAUAAGUAACAUUUAUAACUAAGUUUUCUUCUGUUAGGACACAAAAUAAAUAAAACUGCUUGUUUAUUACUGGAUCUAUAACCAUCCUUCAGCACACUAGUAUAGGAAUCUCCUUGCACUGGAGAUUUAUCAUAAGCUGCAUUAGAACUGUCAGAUUUUAUUUAAAAACUGUUGUCAUUUGUGACUUGGAACACAGGAGUCUUGCGAUACAGAAACUGUGGCUAACACAAUUAUAGAACCCACUCUCUACCCGGUGUCUUCUCAGUUUGGGGUUUCCUUAAAAUUUAUUAGGAAAUCUUAAUUGAUUUAAAAGGCCUUUGGGAUUGUUUUUCUUCAUGAACAUACACAAUAUUUCUUAUUAUCUUCCUAUAAAAAAGCAUACAAUAAAUACAUGAGCAUUGUGUCUUUUUUCCUAUAAAAUUGACAGAUUUUUAACAAAUCUCUGCAAGUUGUUUGAAGAUUUGAAUCAGGAGUUCUUUUAUCAACUUUAUGAUUGGAAUUGUUUUUGUAGUAAGACAUUUGCACCAGCUUUGCAUUUUGUAAAGGUUGGCCUACUACAGGUGCGUGUAUAUAAUGUAUAUACAGUAAAAUGCACAACUAAAGUUUAAUAAUGAACGCAAAGCUGCAGCUUGAGGACACUGGAGUAUAAUCUCAUCUCUUAAGAGGCAUUAAGUUGUAGUCCUGUGUGAAGUGUCACAAAAGCCCCGCUGAUUAUACAUUAAAGAGUGCCAGCCUUGGUUGCUGAAUGUACAGUAGACAUGUUGUAUAUGUGCAUGAUAGGACUGUGCAGCUUGGCCAACAAUAGCUGACUCUUAUUCAUGUUUAAGUAAUAUUUUCUGUUAUUUUUAAUUUGGGUAAUAUAUACACACAAAGCCUGUCAUUCAAUUAGCCUGAUUAUGUUGAGCCCAAUUCUUUUCUUGUGUGCAUGACCCAUUUCUCAGUUGUGAAUAAAGCUGUACUUUAGCAUUUUUGUAACUCCCAGAGUCCAUUUUGGGUUUUCUCUCCACUUUUUUUGGAAAUGAAACACUGUAAUGUUCUUUACAACACCAAAACAGGAAGAAACCAUGUUUCCAACUUUUUUUUAAAUAAUGUUAAUGAAUUUGCAGAAUAUUUAAGUCCUUCAUCAAGAGUCACUUUAUCCUGUGUGGGUGGGUAGGGGGUGGGGGGGAGGCUAUCAAUGUGAUUGUUAAUGUCACAUUUUCAGAUUCUGAUGUGGGGAUUGGAUAGCUGCUUUUUAAGAAUCACUGAUAUGGAAGAACUCAAUAAAGUAGAUCAGCGCUCCACCCUCA